GAUCAAGGGCCGCGGGCAGCGCCGGAGCGCAGCGCCCGUCUGAUGCUGCCCGCCCAGAGGCCCCGUCGAACAAAGGCGGCAUUGAGGCCCCGAGCUGCGUCCCCAAGCCCGGACCCCCCCUCCGGGCUGGCAUCUUGGCGCGACAUUAAUGAACUCGCCUGUUUGUGCUCCCCUGGCCCCUCUCUCCUCCCACCACCCGGGGGGCACUGUAUAUAUCUGCGCCUCCUCGCCCGCCUCGGGCACUUCAGGGCUCACCCCCUAAAACCUUUGCCCGGCCGGCAUGGAGCAAGGAGGGAAGAGGACGCGGGGUGCUGUCCCCAUGGUCUGCCUGUCCUGCCCCGUGAUGCUGCUGCUCCUACAGCUGGCUGGGGGGGCUCCCAUAGGCCAGGGGCUGUAUCCCAUGCCAGCUAGCGUCCUGCAAGCGCUGUCAAGCCGGGGGACGCUGGUGCUGGAGGCGGCACUGAGGAGCGCGCUGAUGGCACUGGAGGAGGCACUGGCUGAGCAGCAGAAGCAACGGGGUGCCUGUGGGCUCUGUGCCCCCUGCCUCUUCCCUCCCUGCGCCAACAUCACCCAACGCUGCCCACCCCCUGCCGUGCCCCCCGCCAUGCCCCCCAGCUGCCAGGCCCUGCUGGAUGCCCAGGAGCUGCCCGAGCUGCCCCAGCGCCACUGGGCUCUGAGCCAGGCGUGUUCUCCCUACCUGCGCCUGUGCCCCCUCCAGGGCACUCAGCCUGCCUGCACCCUGCUCAGUGCCCAGCGCUGCCAGCACCGCCUCCAGGAGUGCCUGCUGGCGAAGGCAGCCCCGAAUCCCAGCAUGGCAGCAGCGAUGCCAGAGCGCUGCGGGAGCCGGGAGGACCCCCCCCCCAACAGCACAGCCCCACGAGGACGCAUCAUGGGCGGCAACGUGGCCAGGCACGGGGCUUGGCCGUGGCUGGUGUCAGUGCGGCUGCACGGGGAGCUGGUGUGCGGUGGGGUGUUGGUGAGCCGCGCGUGGGCUCUCACCGCCGCCCACUGCUUCAAUGGGAACCAGAACGAGUUGGCGUGGACGGUGGUGGUGGGCGACCACGAGCUGGGCAAGGCAGACCCCGGGGAGCGGGCAGUGCCCGUGCGGCGCAUCGUGCCUCACCCCAAGUUCAACCCCAAGACGUUUCAUGGGGAUCUGGCGCUGCUGGAGCUGGCGGAGCCGCUGGCACCGUCGGGCACCGUGAGCCCCGUGUGCCUGCCCAGCGGUACCACCGAGCCCAGCCCCGGCACCCCCUGCCACAUCGCGGGGUGGGGGUCCCUGUAUGAAGAGGGGCCAUCGGCCGAGGUGGUGAUGGAAGCACAGGUGCCUCUGCUCAGCCAGGAGACAUGCCGGGCAGCCCUGGGCAGAGAGCUGCUCACCAGCACCAUGUUCUGUGCCGGGUAUCUGUCUGGGGGCAUCGAUUCCUGCCAGGUACUGUCACCCCACAACAUGACAGUGCCCCGGGCAUGGGGUGAGCACAGAGCCCUGUCUGUCCUGCUUGGGCUGAUGUGCAGAUGUCCCCCCCAGGGUGACUCGGGUGGUCCACUGGUGUGCCAGGACCCCUCCUCGCACAGCUUUGUCCUCUAUGGCAUCACUUCGUGGGGUGAUGGCUGCGGCGAGCGGGGCAAACCAGGUGUCUACACUCGCGUGGCUGCCUUUGCCGACUGGCUCAGCCUGCAGAUGAACCCUGUUCCUGGCAGCCGGGAGCCAAGCUGCUUUGACCUGCUGGCCCUGUCCCAGCUGGCCCCCGAGCAGCAGCCCCUCGAGCGCACCCGUCUCUGCUCCUUCUAUGAGAGGUCCUGCCGGGCCGCCCCGGGCCAAGCCAGCUGCACACACAUUGCUGAUGAGACAUGCCGUGCCCGGCUGAGGCGAUGCGAGCUGCACUCCUACACCCAGACCCUGGUCGGUCUCCUGCGUCGGGCUGGGGACUUCAUCCGAAACCAGCUCGACUUCUCCUUCCUCACCCGCACCCUGCCCCAGCUCCUGGGCAAGAUCUACGGGCACCUCUUCCCCGCCCGCGUCCGUAGGGAUGCCCCAGACCCAGCGAUGGCCGAGCACCCCACAUCUGAGGGACCACUGAGACCACCCCACAGGCAGCUGCCCACCUUCAGGGAGUUUUUUGGGUCUGUGGGGCCACGGCUGCAGGACUGGGUGCAGGCUCUGAGGGCCACGGCGGGGGGCAGCGCCCAGGCACCCACCCCAGAUGGGGAGCAGCUCCCUGAGGAGACAUGGCUCUUCUUACAGGUACUUGGAGAGAAAUGGGCUGAGGGGAACACUGCUCCUAUGACGGUGCCAGCAGGGUCCAUACCCCUGUCUUACCCUAUGGGUGCCCCACUGUCUGCACUGUCCCCCUCCCCUUCCCUGCAGCAGGGUGAGGAGCUGGUGGAGGAGCUGCUGGGACAGGGCAGAGCCUUCCUCACCCAGCUCCGGGCAGAGCUGGACCUUGACACCUCCUUGGAGGUCAUGCAGACACCUGGAGAGCCAACCGAAGGGCCAGUAGGGAACCCCGUGCUGAACUGGUCAGUGCUGAGGGAGAAACGAGAGCUGGUGCCCACAGUGCCAGGGCUGGAGGAAGAGGAGGGGGAGAAGGCAGGUACAGGCAGAGCUUGCCCCGGCCUCAACGCCUCCGCACUGCGGGUUGGCGUGGUGCAGGAGCUCUACGCCUGGGUGCUGCAGGUGCCACAGCCAGACCUGGCCAUGACCUUCCAGGAGAUCCUGGUGGACCUGAGCUCCAAGAACACCAAGGGGCUGUACCGGGCACAGGUGCGGGCCACGGUGGGCGGCCGGCCCACAGCUUUUACUGGGCUGGUGGGGCUGGAGAGCGACUCGCUGGCACGCAGCAUGCCCGGCCUCGUGGCCUUGGCACUUGAGGCUCUGAAAACCUAGGGGUGCUGGCAGGGGAUGAGGAACGACUCCUGUUCCCAGUGGGCACCUCUUAUUUAUUUGUACAGAUAAAGGUUUAUUUUUCAAUAAAGGAAGGCUCUAUUUUCUGGUAGCUGGCAAGGAUGAAACAAGUGACGUGCCAAGAGGUGCCAGUGAGGUGGGCAUCAGCAGGAUGUGACACCCCUGUGCAUCCCCUCAGAUCACCUCCCACCCCCAAGAAACGUCCCCCAUCCUCAGGUCCUUCCCGUGGCACCAGGGGGGGUUGGGUACCCGCUGCCCACAGCACCCUUCACUGCAGAGUACAGCACCAAUGCCCACCCCCUGUUCCACCCAACUGG